UAAAUAUUGGGAAACGGCGAGAUGCAAAAGGCAACCUACUACGACAGCUCCGCAAUUUACAGUGGCUACCCAUAUCAAAGCGCAAAUGGCUUCAGUUAUGAUGCCCAUCAGGUCCAAUAUCCCCGGGCCUCUCAUGUGGAAAGUGAGUACCAUCGACCUGCCUGCUCCCUGCAGUCUCCUGACGGCUCCGUGGCGCUGCAGAAGCCGGGGGAGAUGGCGGAGGGCUGCGACAGGACCACAGCCAUUCAGGCGGCGCAGUCCCAGGUCCAUCCCGAAAGCAAUCAACCGCAGGUGCCGGUGUCAGGUCCGCCCCCUCCCUCCCAAUCCCCCGGUGCCAUCAGCCAAAACGCGAGCAACGGGUCCAGCCAGCCCGGUGCCAAGAACGACUCCUCACCGACCACCAACGCGAGAGGCAAACAGAUCUUCCCCUGGAUGAAGGAGUCCCGUCAGAACACCAAGCAGAAACCCAGCGGUAGCACCAGUUCAGUCGACAGUUGCCCCGGAGACAAGAGUCCCCCAGGGUCAGCGGCGUCGAAGAGGGCCCGGACAGCUUACACCAGCGCCCAGCUAGUGGAGCUGGAGAAGGAGUUCCACUUCAACCGGUACCUCUGCAGACCCCGGAGGGUGGAGAUGGCGAACCUGCUCAACCUCACCGAGAGACAGAUCAAAAUCUGGUUCCAGAACCGCAGGAUGAAAUACAAGAAGGAUCAGAAGGGCGUGGGCAUGAUGCCUUCCCCUGGCGGACAGUCCCCGCGGAGCCCCGGGGGCCCGGCCUCCGGCGGCGGAGGAUACCUCAACUCUAUGCAUUCUCUUGUAAACAGUGUUCCUUAUGAAUCCCAGUCGCCGACGUCUUACAAUAAACCGCACCAGAACGCGUACGGUAUGGCCCCGUCCUACCCCCCUCCUUUGAACAGCUCCCUCAGCAACUGCCCGCCCUCCCAGAAGAGGUAUCCCGGGACCGACUCGGCCACGCCCGAGUAUGACGCGCAUCCUCUCCAAGGCAAUGGCAACUACGGGACGCACAUGCAGGGCAGCCCCGUGUAUGUCGGCGGAGGCUACAUCGAGUCUAUGCCCAACUCCGGGGCCUCCGUUUUCGGUCUGACCCACCUCUCGCACCCGCCGUCCACAAACAUGGACUACAAUGGAGCAAUCACAAUGGGCAACAGUCAGCACCACGGAGUGUGUGAUCCGACACCGACGUACACAGACCUAACGCCGCACUACUCUCAGGGAAGAAUCCAGGAAGCGCCCAAGCUGACGCAUCUGUAGCGGUGGCGCAGCUCGGAUCACUCCGCCCAUUGUCUUACCCACCUACAGACACAUUACCGCUUUGUUUCUCUGCGCCUCCAUCACGGCUU